UUCAUUGGAUCUCUGUCGCUUUUCACAAUUUUUCAUGUCCGGAAGUGCACACGGAGAUUUUGAAUAUUUCUCUAAAAUUGAAGAUAAUUACGGAACUUCUCAAUAAGGAAUAACAAGAUGCGCCAGGACUGGCUGGUAAUUGGCAUCUCGGGGGCCACAUGUAGCGGUAAGACGACACUCGCUACAGGACUCAGGGAACGUUUAUCAAGUGAUCUAGCUCGAAGAAAAAUUGGUUGUGUCGAGGUGAUCAAUCAGGAUGACUACUUCCUGCCAGAGGAGCACCCACAGCAUCAGCAUAUCGAUCAUUUUGGACACGUGAACUGGGACAUCCUUACAGCACUUGAUAUGGACCGGAUGUGUAGUGACGUGGACGCCAUGCUGAGUCAGACGUCACAGUCUGCUGUGAAUAUUCUCAUCAUUGAGGGAUUUCUUGUGUUCAAUCAUCCACUCCUCGUGGAGAUUUGCAAUCCCAAGUUCCAUCUGCACGUUCCAUAUGAAAUUGCCUUUGCCAGACGCCGGACACGCACGUACUCCCCACCAGACUUCACCGGGUACUUCGAAACGUGUGUCUGGCCUAUGUACGAGAAACAUUUCCAGGAGAUCAAGGAUCGAACGGAUAUACGACUCCUCAAUGGAGCCCUUGCAACGGAAAAGUGUUUAGACUAUGUUUGUGAAAUUCUCAGGCAGUACCUCUGAAGCUUUUUCUUUAAUUGAGAAAAAUAAAAAGCACUAAAAAUUAAUUUUUAAUACCUGUAUCACUUCAUAAAAUGCUGUGUUACCUAAUGAAAAAAAAAAUCAGCCUUUUGAAUUACAAGAAUAGUUUUAUUUUCCUGAACAUAAAUCACCGAAAAAUCAGGGAGCAUGUUCACUUCUAAUCUCUCGACGAAUGUUGAAAUAAUUCAGUUAAUCUUUAAAAGUUAUCAAGUGUUGUUUAUUGAUAAAGUCUAAUGUUUAUUGCAAAAAAUAGAAGAAAAGUCGAGAGGCUAAUAAGCAACGAAGCCAUAUACAUCCCAUAUAGAUAGAAUUCCUAAACAUAUAAAUAUAAGAAAAUAAUAAAAGAAUUUUAAUAUAUAGUGUAACGUUUACUAAAUAAAUGAUUCUUUUAUAACAUUAAGAAAA